CCUGACUCAAUAAAAGGACCUUAACCAUAACCAGAUGAUAUGAAGCUGGAAAACAACGCCAUAACACAACUAAAUGAAGAUCUCUGGGAGUUUUACGCUGUUGCUGCUGCUCGGCGCCGUCUCCGCAAAUGAAACUUCUGAAAGCAAACCGACUUCUCCUCCAGACCUCUACGCUGCUCUGAGAGAGAUGACCGCCUCGCUGGUCCAGCUGAAGGCCGACAUGGCUGCAGAACGAGCCCAGAUGAAGGCUGAAGUGGACACGCUGAAGGCUGAAGUGGACAAGCUGAAUCAACAUCAAAAAGUCCAACAGGUUGCAUUCUCAGCCUCUCUGCUGGCUGAAAGCCGAGGAUCAACUCUGGGACCCUUACCAAUGCCGAUGACCCUGAUCUUCAAAAACGUCCAAACCAACAUCGGAAACGCCUACAGCUCAACCACAGGUGUGUUCACUGCCCCGGUGAAAGGAGCGUACCACUUUGAUUGGACGACCGGUGCAUAUGGAGACGGCCGCCACGGUUCAGGGGCUUGGUUGCUCAAGAACUCACAGAAGGUUUUCAUGGCAUUUGAGGAUCAGAAGGACGGUUUCAUGACCACCUCUAAAGGUGUUACACUGCUGCUGGAGGCGGGAGACGUAGUGUCUGUGCUCCUGUUGGCAAGCGGAUUGGCGUUUGACGAUUAUAAUCACCACACCACCUUCAGUGGACACCUGCUGUUCCCCAUGUGAGACAGACACAGCAGCUCUGUGUCAGGUUGUUGUUGUCUAAACACGUCUUCAUAGCAUGUCAUAGAUUUGAUCUGAUUUCAUCUGCAUC